UGAGGAGUGUUCCUCUCCAUCUCUAAACCCAGCAGGUUCUUCUUUGCAGUCCUCCCAAGGCAUCAUGCCUUCCCCAGGCCUCGGCUGUCAGCUGCUGCUCUUAUUUCUUGGGCCUGGCCUCAGCUUGGGCGCUGCUCUCCACUCAGUGCAUUGUGCCCCUUGUACUGAAGAGAAGCUCAGGCUGUGCCCACCAGUGCCUGCCAGCUGUCCUGAAACAGCCCGCCAACCAGGCUGCACCUGCUGCCAUACCUGUGCCCUUCAGCUGGGGGAGCCUUGCGGAAUAUACACGGCACGGUGUAGCCGGGGGCUUAGCUGCCAGGUAGAGGUAGAACAAACCCGACCCCUUUAUGCUCUCACUCGGGGGCAAGGUAAUUGUCUCCCCGCUGCUGACAGGAUAGAAACUGCAGAAUCUGUGGAACCAGAAGAUAUGCCCACUGAAGGCGGUGAAAUAACAGCAGAUCACCUGCUCAACUAUGAGGUGAUGUUUCCAGCUGGGCAAGAUAAGUCUGUCCCAUGGAAUGCUAAUAGUGUCUAUGAAAGCCUGAAAGCAAAGAAAGUUGCUGAACUUAAGAAGUGGAAGGAACAGGGACCAUGUCAAAAAGAACUCUACAGGGCACUAGAUAAAUUGGCAAAAGCUCAACAAAGAACUGGAGGGCAGUUAUACAGAUUCUAUUUGCCCAACUGUAAUAAAAAUGGAUUUUAUCAUAGUAAGCAGUGUGAAACUUCACUUGAUGGAAAUCCUGCAAGUUGCUGGUGUGUGUAUCCAAAGAGUGGGAAGAGGAUUCUUGGGUCUCCUGAAAUGACAGACAACCCUGAAUGUGAACAAUUUAUUAGCUCACAUGAAUAAUGCGAGAAAUGUUGAACAAAUAGAUAUUGUAUUUUUUGCAAGCCAAGUGCCUUCUAGGGCCAAAGAGACCUUGGUCAACAGAGCUUUAAGCAUGUGGUUAGACAACCAGUCUGAUUUUAUGCAUGUUUUUUGUGAUGUCCCAGUGAUCCCAACUGGGUGUACUCCAUUCAAAUAUACUGUCAGAUUUCCUGCUUUAUAAUCUAGACUGGAAACAGUUGAUCCAAAGAACAAGAACCUAGAAAUUCUGAUUAAUAGUAUUUAUUAGAAGGAAGGUUAAGGUUAUAACACAAGAAUUUCAGCAAAUUUGCUACUUUCAAAUAAGAAACCUACAUACAGUAUAGACCAGUGUUUCUCAACCUUGGCAACUUUAAGAUAUGUGGACUUCAACUCCCAGAAUUCCCCAGCCAGCAUGCAAAGCUGAGAAACACUGAUAGAGACAUUUUUAAGGUGCAUUCUAGCUCAUUUUUUCAUCUUUUUUAGAUGUAAUGGGCUGGAAAUAUGCUUCUUUCUUGAAAGUAGGGCAUUCUGUAUCCAUUCAUCCAGUCUUUUUGUGAGUGGGAGAAAUAGGUAUCUUAGAUAUUAUAGCACUGCAGUCAGCAUUAGUGGCAGGGGGUGGGGGAUCCUAACAUUGUAUCUUAUAGUAUUCCUGAAAGUUAAGCAAUAGAAGUACCCAUAAGAAAAUAAGGGGGGGGGGGUGGGGACUACACAAUAUGAAGUUCAAAAGAUUAUUGAAUUAUUUAUUCAACAUGUAUUUUUAUUUCAUUUGUUUGUAUGUUAACUUAUAUAUCUGUAUUCUUCAACACUUCAAACCUUUAUAUGAAAAUAUUUUAAUAUUUUCUCUGAGAAUAUGCACUGUUCUGUUUUCAAAGAGCACAAUAUAUCAUUAAGAACAUAAAACUAUGGAAUUUUGUAUUAUGUAUUUAUAUCAUUUGGAAACAUAACAUAGAAGGAUGACACAGAAGAUAGUUCAAGCAUUUAUUUAAGUGUGUGUGUGCAUUAUGUCGCUGCUUUAGUUCAUAUUACUUCUCAUUUCAUCGUCAAGGAGUUCUUGCUCUGAGUAAUGUCAUUAAGGAAGUAUCCUUCAAAAACAUCAAAGGCACCUUAAAAGGAAACUUGCUUCUGUGUUCCUAAUACAUGUACAGUACUUCCUUUACACUGUAUAAACAAACUAAAAUUAAGAAACUCUAAUGUACAGCAUUUGAUGGAUGUAAAUGUUCAUAAGUUAGCUUUGUCAUGUUAUUUAAACAUUUAUUAAACAAUUUUCUUUGAACCCUA